CCAAUACCAUGAAGAGGAGCUCAGACAGCUCUUACCACAUGAUACAAGAGCCGGCUGGUGGAAGAGUGGGGACCAGAAAGAGAAUUUGCUGAAGAGGAGAAGGAAAAAAAAAACCAAAAAAAAAAAAACAAAAAAACCCACACACACAAAAAAACCUGCGCGUGAGGGGGGAGGAAAAGCAGGGCCUUUUAAAAAGGCAAUCACAACAACUUUUGCUGCCAGGAUGCCCUUGCUUUGGCUGAGAGGAUUUCUGUUGGCAAGUUGCUGGAUUAUAGUGAGGAGUUCCCCCACCCCAGGAUCCGAGGGGCACAGCGCAGCCCCCGACUGUCCGUCCUGUGCGCUGGCCGCCCUCCCAAAGGAUGUACCCAACUCUCAGCCAGAGAUGGUGGAGGCCGUCAAGAAGCACAUUUUAAACAUGCUGCACUUGAAGAAGAGACCCGAUGUCACCCAGCCGGUGCCCAAGGCGGCGCUUCUGAAUGCGAUCAGAAAGCUUCAUGUGGGUAAAGUCGGGGAGAACGGGUAUGUGGAGAUAGAGGAUGACAUUGGAAGGAGGGCAGAAAUGAAUGAACUUAUGGAGCAGACCUCGGAGAUCAUCACGUUUGCCGAGUCAGGAACAGCCAGGAAGACACUGCACUUCGAGAUUUCCAAGGAAGGCAGUGACCUGUCAGUGGUGGAGCGUGCAGAAGUCUGGCUCUUCCUAAAAGUCCCCAAGGCCAACAGGACCAGGACCAAAGUCACCAUCCGCCUCUUUCAGCAGCAGAAGCACCCGCAGGGCAGCUUGGACACAGCGGAAGAGGCCGAGGAAGUGGGCUUAAAGGGGGAGAGGAGUGAACUGUUGCUCUCUGAAAAAGUAGUAGACGCUCGGAAGAGCACCUGGCACGUCUUCCCUGUCUCCAGCAGCAUCCAGAGGUUGCUGGACCAGGGCAAGAGCUCCCUGGACGUUCGGAUUGCCUGUGAGCAGUGCCAGGAGAGUGGCGCCAGCCUGGUGCUCCUGGGCAAGAAGAAGAAGAAAGAAGAGGAGGGGGAAGGGAAAAAGAAGGGUGGAGGUGAAGGUGGGGCAGGAGCAGAUGAGGAAAAGGAGCAGUCGCACAGACCUUUCCUCAUGCUGCAGGCCCGGCAGUCUGAAGACCACCCUCAUCGCCGGCGUCGGCGGGGCUUGGAGUGUGAUGGCAAGGUCAACAUCUGCUGUAAGAAACAGUUCUUUGUCAGUUUCAAGGACAUCGGCUGGAAUGACUGGAUCAUUGCUCCCUCUGGCUAUCAUGCCAACUACUGCGAGGGUGAGUGCCCGAGCCAUAUAGCAGGCACGUCCGGAUCCUCACUGUCCUUCCACUCAACAGUCAUCAACCACUACCGCAUGCGGGGCCAUAGCCCCUUUGCCAACCUCAAAUCGUGCUGUGUGCCCACCAAGCUGAGACCCAUGUCCAUGUUGUACUAUGAUGAUGGUCAAAACAUCAUCAAAAAGGACAUUCAGAACAUGAUCGUGGAGGAGUGUGGGUGCUCAUAGAGUUGCCCAGCCCAGGGGGAAAGGGAGCAAGAGUUGUCCAGAGAAGACAGUGGCAAAAUGAAGAAAUUUUUAAGGUUUCUGAGUUAACCAGAAAAAUAGAAAUUAAAAA